AUGGGAAAUUGCAUCAGAAAAGAGUCCUCCAUGCAAUGGGGCGGCGAAGAUUGGGGAUCUCCGGCUUCAGAACAUCUCUUUUCCGGCGAUACUUCAAAGCUAACGAAGAAGUUAGAAGAAGAUCAAAGACUUCUAGAAAAAAGCUCGGAAGAUUUUCCAUUUCAUGAGUCAUCGUCUAAGACGCCAGUGACGGAAGUGAAGAUCAAGAUCACGAAGAAGCAGUUGGAGACACUGUUGGGCAGCACCGACGUACAGGGGUUGUCGGUUGGGCAGGUACUUGCUCAGUUGAUGGACGUCAGUGAUGGAUAUGAGACGCAUCAACGGCCAUGGAGGCCUGUCUUACAGAGCAUACCGGAGGUGGAAUGA